AUGGCCAACUCCACCACGGUGACUGAGUUUCUCCUCAUGAACUUUGCUGAAAGAUGGCAGUUACGGCUCCUGCACUCCAUGCUGUUCCUUCUGAUCUACUUGGUUACCUUGUUAGGGAAUCUUCUCAUUGUCACUGUCACCACGUUCGACCCGAAACUUAACAUGCCCAUGUACUUCUUCCUCAGAAAUCUGUCUGUCUUAGAUAUGUGCUAUGUUACUGUCACUGUCCCCAAUGCCUGCGUUAACUCUCUCACUGGCAACAGCGCCAUUUCAGUGGCUGGGUGUGCAACCCAAGUUUUCCUGGUCAUUUAUUUUUUCUAUGUGGAGCUGGUGUUCCUCACCAUUAUGGCCCGAGACCGCUACGUGGCCAUCUGCCAGCCCCUCCACUACCCAGUUGUCAUGAACUACCAAUGCUGUAUCCAAAUGACACUUGCCUCCUUGCUGAGUGGUCUUGUCUAUGCAGGUGUGCACACGGGUCAAACAUUCCAGCUGACCUUCUGUCAGUCCAAUGUGAUCCAUCAGUUCUUCUGUGAUGUCCCCUCUCUGCUGAGGCUCUCCUGCUCUGACACCUCCAGCAAUUUCCUUUUAAUUCUUUUUUCUGCCAUUGUGGUUGCUGGGGGCUGCUUUAUCUUCAUUACUAUGUCAUAUAUUCACAUAUUUUCCACUGUGCUAAAGUUUCCAAUCAGAGAGCAAGGAAAGGUCUUUUCCACCUGUGUCCCUCACAUUCUUGUGGUGUCUGUCUUUCUCAGCUCUGUUCUCUCUGUGUACCUAAAGCCUUCGGUAAACUCUGAAACAAUUCAGGACAUGAUUCUUCCUGUUUUUUAUACCAUAGUCCCUCCAUUCUUAAAUCCUAUCAUCUACAGUCUUAGAAACACACAGGUAAAAGAAGCUGUGAACAAAGUUAUGUUAAGAAACUUUCAUCGACAGAUGACUGGAUAA